GUUGUUCUUUUUGAUAUUGAAAAAAAAAGAAGAAGAUGUUAAAUGUGCUCUUAUAUUUUCUAGAGUAACAUUCCUAUCCCAAACCUUUUUAUGUGCGCGUGUUAUGCAGUUUUUUUUAUAAUUUCUUGACCUAUAGCACCACAGGACUGACUAUCCUGCUAAGGCUUAAUAAAGCCUUAAUAUACUAAAAGCUAAAAGAAUCCUACAUCAACAAUUUAAACAAAAAUCAAAUACUAACCACCACAGCGAGAAUUAACACCUCUGCGCUUCAUUUUUUAGCCGCCUGAUAUUGAAUAUUAAGCUGACGCGGAAGUGUUCAUUGAUGUAAUGGACAACAAAUACCCACUUUGUAAAUUUUUACCAGAAUCAGUCACGAUUUUUGAUACCACAACAAAAGUAUUUUUACGCUCUAGAGCCUUUGAAGGAUAUUUAACACCAUUUUUUUUUCUUUUUUUCAGCUAGGACGGCCUGUGUGUAUUGAUUGGCCGAGCUCUGCUAAUUAAUAGUGAUAGUGUUCUAAGGAAAACAAUGCGUAUUACGUAAACUAGUAAGAUAAUUAGAUUAUAAGUGAUACUAUUUCCUAAAUCCUCAAUAAAUCUGUUAUAUUGUUCAAUAAUCUAUUUUAAUUGGUUUAUUACUAAGUGAAUUACUAACUUUCUAUGAACAUACUUGACUGACCGAUUAGUACUUGAAACCGUCAGGUAUGCUGACGGUUACUAACAGAUGUCCACUUGAAAAAAGUGAAGAGGCAAGAUAACAUGCAAAACACUGAUAAUCGUCUUUUGACCGCAAGGUGUUCAAGGGUUGAAACAAACAUAAACACGACUAGUAUAAAAAGGAAGGCUCAUACUUCUAAAGUCAUCAGUAGAAUCGUACCAGCUAAACAAGAGCAAUGAAACUUGCAGUGAUCGUAGUUGCUUGCCUGGUCGCCACAGUCGCCUGUGCGCCGACCCAACGUGCCCUCACGGAUGACUUUGACGAUUUCGUGUCGUUGCUUCCUUUGGACGAUCUGCUAAACUUGGCCAUGCGUUACCUUCUUACCGACAAAGAAGUCCAGCAAGCGCUGCUCUAUCUGCAAGGAAAGGAAUUUGCAGCGGUUUGGGAUCAGUUCUUCGCUCUCACGGCAGUGAAAGAUUUGUUGAACUAUUUGGAAGAAGCCGGUGUGCCAGCAUACGAAUCGCUGAAUGUUGUGGCCGAUUUCUUGGGCUUGACACCCCUGAAACCAACUGUUCGAAGCCCGCGUUCGGGAGGAUUGAAUGGACUGCUGGAAGAGGCUCUUGCCAUGUUGCCACAUGAAGAACUUGAGGCUAUGUUUGAAGAAAAGUUGAAGACUAGCACCGAAUUCAAGGCUUUGUUCGAGAAACUCCAGAAGUUUGACCAUAAGCAGCUCAGAGAUCUAUACGAGAACUCGGCUGAAGUACAAGGAAUGAUCCAAAAGCUGCGCGAUUACGGCGUUGAUGUUGAUCACAUAGUUGAGGUAGUCAAGGAUUUCUUCGGAGUCGCCUGUGCGCCGACCCAACGUGCCCUCACGGAUGACUUUGACGAUUUCGUGUCGUUGCUUCCUUUGGACGAUCUGCUAAACUUGGCCAUGCGUUACCUACUUACCGACAAAGAAGUCCAGCAAGCGCUACUCUAUCUGCAAGGAAAGGAAUUUGCAGCGGUUUGGGAUCAGUUCUUCGCUCUCACGGCAGUGAAAGAUUUGUUGAACUAUUUGGAAGAAGCCGGUGUGCCAGCAUACGAAUCGCUGAAUGUUGUGGCCGAUUUCUUGGGCUUGACACCCCUGAAACCAACUGUUCGAAGCCCGCGUUCGGGAGGAUUAAAUGGACUGCUGGAAGAGGCUCUUGCCAUGUUGCCACAUGAAGAACUGGAGGCUAUGUUUGAAGAAAAGUUGAAGACUAGCACCGAAUUCAAGGCUUUGUUCGAGAAACUCCAGAAGUUUGACCAUAAGCAGCUCAGAGAUCUAUACGAGAACUCGGCUGAAGUACAAGGAAUGAUCCAAAAGCUGCGCGAUCACGGCGUUGAUGUUGAUCACAUAGUUGAGGUAGUCAAGGAUUUCUUCGGGUCAGAAUUCCUGCUACACUCCGAGAAAAAGCGCUUAUUCCUGAAACCUGGCCUAUUGGCAUUCGUGUACGAGAUUUUAUCUUCGAUUGCACCACAAACCCUGCACCUAUCACCGUCAUUGCGAGUUCAAACACAACUCAGCAAAAAGUACAAGUUGGAUCACCUAGCGGCAGUCAUAGACCACUGUCGAAGAGCAAUGAAACUUGCAGUGAUCGUAGUUGCUUGCCUGGUCGCCACAGUCGCCUGUGCGCCGACCCAACGUGCCCUCACGGAUGACUUUGACGAUUUCGUGUCGUUGCUUCCUUUGGACGAUCUGCUAAACUUGGUCAUGCGCUACCUUCUUACCGACAAAGAAGUCCAGCAAGCGCUGCUCUAUCUGCAAGGAAAGGAAUUUGCAGCGGUUUGGGAUCAGUUCUUCGCUCUCACGGCAGUGAAAGAUUUGUUGAACUAUUUGGAAGAAGCCGGUGUGCCAGCAUACGAAUCGCUGAAUGUUGUGGCCGAUUUCUUGGGCUUGACACCCCUGAAACCAACUGUUCGAAGCCCGCGUUCGGGAGGAUUGAAUGGACUGCUGGAAGAGGCUCUUGCCAUGUUGCCACAUGAAGAACUUGAGGCUAUGUUUGAAGAAAAGUUGAAGACUAGCACCGAAUUCAAGGCUUUGUUUGAGAAACUCCAGAAGUUUGACCAUAAGCAGCUCAGAGAUCUAUACGAGAACUCGGCUGAAGUACAAGGAAUGAUCCAAAAGCUGCGAGAUCACGGCGUUGAUGUUGAUCACAUAGUUGAGGUAGUCAAGGAUUUCUUCGGAUGGAACUAAGACGUAUGGGUGUACACUUGAUGCUAUAAAUACAUUGAUACAGUGAUACCAAACAUGUAUUGAGUUAUUUCUUUUUCGUUUUGAGUAAAACAUUAAAAGUAAA